AUGGGAGUGCAUUUGAUGAUACUGCAAACGCUCGUGUUCGUUGCGGCAUGGGCUGCCGUCGGGCGGUACGUCGACGCCCGCGGCCCCAUCGCGUUCGUCCGGAGCAUCACGCUGCUCAGCAGCCGAGUAUACUCUCUAGCAUCCGCGGCGUUGCUCGCCUUGAUACUCACGCCUCAGUACGAGGACACGGCACGGCUGCUCUUUCACGCGUCCAAGUUCUACGAGUACAUCGACGUCCUCGGGGUCCGGGCCGCCGGCGGCGAGAUCGACCUCCACUUCGGCUUCCACCACUUGACGACGCCGUAUCUGACGUACUUUCGCGUGCUUCACAAUCACGAGGGAUGGCGGGUAGUUGCGGGGCUGAAUUCUUUCCACCACGUGCUCAUGUAUGCCUACUUUGGCGGCGCGGCGGCGGUCCGCUCGGCGUUGCCAGUGACGGGCACCCUUCAGCUCGUGGCGGGCAUCGCUGGAGAGGCGCUGAUAUUGACGCGGAAGACGAUGCACGACGAGGAGCCUCUAUGGCCAAACGUUCUCACACUAGGCCUUCUGGGCAGCUACCUGGUGUUGUGGAUACGAGACCUGAGGAUGAGAUUGUUUUCAUCGGAGGAAUCCUCGGCGCCAACCAAGUAUCUCGACGUCGCCGCAAAGGAGUCGUAA